AUGCCGGUUUGUGGCAACCAGAGUUUUAGCAUAGCUGAUUCUGCUGUGGUUGAGAAGUUUUAUACAGCGGUAACCAUUGAAUGUCCAGGAGAACCAGUCAAGCAGUGGUUCAAUCCAUAUGGGCAACUGAUUGAAUCAAAAGAUAAUUUUAAAAUAUCUGGAAAAAAUCUUACAAUUAACAAAAUCACUGAACAUGACGUUGGCAGGUACUUUUGUUUGGUUGAGAAUAGCAAUCUUACUGUGGAAAUAAGUUCUCGUCCCAUAGUAAAGACUCUUGACAAGUCAUUGAAUGUUGUCCAUGGUAACUCUGUGAACCUUAGCUGUCACGCAUAUGGACACCCAACAGUUAACUACAGUUGGUAUCGAGUGGAAAAUGAUGUUGAUCAAUUUUUUAGUGAGGGUAGUACUCUUUUCAUCAACGAGACAAAGAAGGAUGAUUAUGGGGUCUACAAAUGUUUCGCCAUCAACGACCUUGGCAACAGUACCAGCACUAUCAAGAUUAGAGUUAAAGAUAAGUUGGCUGCUCUGUGGCCGUUCAUUGGGAUUGUAGCAGAAAUCUUAAUUCUCAUCAUAAUCAUUGUCGUCUAUGAAAAAAGAAAAUCCAAAUUAGAUGCUGACGACGUUGGAAAAAAUGACAGACAUCACCGUACUCCGUGUGAAUGGUUCUGCAAUCCUGCAAAAUUGAAAGCGGUGCAACAAGAUGUCCGAUGCUUCAGGAGCAGAGAAUGUGAGACAACGAAAAUGAGCCAGUACUUGUCUUUAGAUGUGCGGCGAAUCACAGAAAUAUGCACGAUUGCCAAUAAAAUCCUAACGUCAUCUCAUCAGCUUAUUCAACUACCUGCAAUUACAAAAACCAAGGAAAAAACUCAUCCACCGUGCUUAAGGAAGGAAAGCUUGGUCCUCUUCCACCUUGAUGAUGACUUCAACGACGACUUCAGUGCUGAUGAGGUUGGGUUUUUCAACGCUCCAUCACUGGUCAACAGGAAAGAUGUCAGCAACAAAUAUUGCAACAUGCGUCUAAGUUAUCCAUCUUGUCAACAAGUGUCAACAAAAUCAAGAAGGGUCCACGACGUCUACCUGUAG